AUGCCAGAGCUCCCUCAGCCCUCAUUUAUGACAAAGACGCUGGCCGAACUAAAUUUAGGUACCCGAAAAGGCGUGGCCACGGUUCAGGCCAUCUGGCCCAUUCAUCGUGCACUUAGUCUGUUUAUCGAGAAGCGUGUCUCCGCUUUGCCAGUAGUCGAUGAGGAGAACAAGAUGAUCGAUAUCUACGCCAAGUUCGAUGUGAUUGUAAGUCAGCUCACGUUCAUAACACAGACCUACUACCAACAGGAACUCCACUUUGUCCUAAACGGAAAUAUUCGGUUCUGCUUCUAA